AUGUCCCUCCCCCGCGCGGUCUGCGGCGCCAGCGCUUCCCAAAUGGCGUCCAAGGUGCGGGACCUGGUGUUCGCGUCCCAUCGGUCGCCAGUUGUGUCCCGGCGAGGCAUGGUGGCCUCCUCCCAGCCGCUGGCCUCAGAGGCGGGCCUUAGGAUACUGCAGCAAGGGGGCACAGCUGCGGAUGCCGCAGUGGCGAUGGCGGCGGCGCUGGGUGUAACAGAACCCUGCUCCACAGGGAUCGGAGGUGAUGCAUUUGCCUUGUUCUACAGUGCUGUCAACAAGAGGGUGGAAUGCCUCAAGGGUGGGGGCAUGUCCCCCAAGGGUCUCACUUUUGAUGCCAUUCGAGAGCGUGGCAUCGUCGACCAGAUGCCCAUGGACCAUGCCCUGACAGUUGUGGUGCCAGGCGCGCCGAUGCUGUGGGAGGACGCGCUCAAAAAAUGGGGUCGGAAGAGCCUAGAGCAGGUUCUGGAACCGGCGAUCGAAUUGGCAGAGCAGGGGUUCCCUGUCGCCCCACUCACGGCUACCCACUGGAAAGAAUGCGCAGUUCAGCUGCAAGGGCCAGGGAAGGGUGCACUGCUGAACAGCAGCGGAAAGCCUCCAGAGCCAGGGGAGGUGAUGGUGAAUGCAGACCUGGCGGCGACUUUUCGAAAGAUUGCAAAGCAAGGAGCGCGUGGAGGAUUCUAUUCAGGACCUGUGGCUGAUGCAGUGGUCAGGGCGGUGCAGGACCUGAAUGGGGUGCUGGAUCAUGAUGACAUGGAGAGCCACGCGACGGUUGAGGUGGAGCCCAUCAGCACAACGUACCGUGGCCUGAGCGUGUGGGAAGUGCCACCACCAAACCAG